AUGCAAGAUAUCAAUCUCAAAGUGCUCAUAGACAAGGCCUUGGACGUGGAUCCGGAUCUUCGGUUCAUGGCCUUGGAAGACUACCGGAAAUAUCUCGAAUCCUCCAAGCCUCAGCCCUCGAAUCUAGGAGGAUACAAUGCCAUUGAAGGAUUCAUCCCCACCCUCUUCCGACUCUUACAGGACCACAAUUCAGAUGUACAGAGCCAGGCAAUCAAGUCGUUUGCCCCCACUGUGCGUUACUUGAGCAAUGAAGCAACCCUUAAAGUAAUUGAUCAGUUGUAUACCUUGAUCUUGCAAGAGAAUGCAAAAUCCAGAGACAAGGGCCAAUUCAAAAGCUUCACCACCUCCAUUCCCAAUAUGGCCUUGAGGUCGAUUUUUGACACCACCAACGAGCACCCUGAAGGUCAGGAAGACUCAAAAAAGACCAGAUCAAACUCCAAAUUCGAUGCUAAGCUCGCUAGGGCAAUUAUAAACAAGUUGUUGCCGCAAUUGAUCAAGAACGAUAUCACGUAUGAUUCCAUUGAAAUUCUCAUUGACUUGAUCAAGAACUUAGGGUCAUCCCUCACCAGCGACGAACUUUACAAUUUGUCUUUAUUUCUCAUCGAAAUAUCCUUUAAAGAGGCGGGAAUCAUCAGCAAAAGAUCGAUUCAUGGUUUCAGUUUGUUAUUUAAGCAUGUCGUUCGGGAGCAGGAUUUGAACAACUCAAUUCGUUCCAUCCAUAACCACGACCUCAAGCAAGGAAGCCGUGACACCAUCAUUAUCAAGUCUCAGUUGUAUUCCGUCCUCAUGAGUAGUCCCUUAUUAAUUGAGGCCGAGCUUUUGAGUGAAAUAUUUAAGGAAAUAUCCCUUAAUUUGAAGUUGUCGCAGGAAUUAAACCAUGAUGAGGACUUGGACUAUGACAGGUUGUUGGAGGACAAUCUUAUUCGUGAAGACUCCUUGUUCGUGUUGAAUAAUUUAGUCAAGUCCAACAACGAUAUUAGCAAUUUUGAAAAUGAAAUCUUCAAAAUUAUCAAGUUCUUCAUCACAUAUAACCCAUUAUUUCAUGAAGAUGAUGACGAUGAGAUGCUUGAUAUGGAUGACGAUGACAAAGAUAUUGAAUUCAGUGACGAGGAAAACGAGGCCGACGGAGACGAUGAUGACGACGGAUCUUGGAAGUUAAGAAUGAGGUCUUCUAUCCUAAUCAGGUCGUUCUUGAAUAAGUUCCCUAGCUCCAUUGAUUUGAUCUACCUGGGAAUAUUUAACCAGAUUCCAAUUGAUGAUCGUAACGAAUUGGUUUUCAACGAAGCAAUCAAAGCCGUCAUUUUCAUCAUUGACAAUACGCUCGAAAGACGUGAUGAAAGCUUCCAGUUUAUUGAAAAGAAAAUUGUGGAUAAGCUUCUAGUCAAUACCCAACAUAAUCAAUUGCCCAAGGUAUUAAAGUUAAUUGAAAGUUUGAAUAGAUUUGACGAAAAGGCUUUAGUUGAAACAACUUUCAGCAAGUUCAAACAAUUGCAAUUGGUAACUGAUGGAUCGCUCCAUUACUUAAACUUUUACAGAAACGUUUUGGAAGUUUCUGCGAAACAGGAUUCAUUAUCUGACCCAAUCGUCGAAUACAUCGCUGGCGACUUGGUUAAAUCGCUUGACAAUAAAUCUUUCAAUGUUAUAAUUGAGAGUAUCAAAAUUUCGAAUAUGUUAUACAAGAACGCAAAUCGUGGAAAAAUAACAAAAUCCCAGAUUGAGCUGAUUGUAAACUCAUUGGUUACAAAGGUUGAAAAUAACAAAGUCUACUCCAGUGACCUUGUUCAAUUAUCUAUCCAGAGUCUUGGUGAGCUUUUGCUUAACAACCUCUACAGCGAUUACGCCAAGCUCAUUAAAGUAUUCAAGAAAUCCAUUUGUGGUGAGACUACCGUCAGAGUGACUCUAGAGACACUUAUUCAACUUUCUUCAGUAAAUCAUGAAAUAUUUGAUGCUGACGACUUUCAACAUAAUCUUUUGGAGAGACUUAACGAGCUUAUUGUAUCCCGUGAUGAGUCAAUUCAAAAUCUAGCUAUGUCAUUACUUGUCCACUUGUUGAACAAAGCAAAAUUUGAUGUCAACGCAGAUUCUGGUUUGGUAGGCAACCUAAUUACCGUAUUAACCACAUCAGAUUCCUCAGCACUCAAUGAUUCGGAUAAUGUUUUUGAAAUAUUGACAACGUUGUAUAGCAAGACUGCAUUUAGUCUGGAGGAUACAAAUUUGAUAAUUUCCUCUAUAAUCACUUUGGUCAAUAGUGAAAAGAUACAGCGGAACAACCAGUGGUUCAAUUCAUUGAUCUCCAAUUUGGCACAUGAUAAUCCCGUCAUCUACGAACGGUUCAAACUGGAGUUAAACUUAGGUAAUCAAGUCAGUUCCAAAAUAUUAGCCAUAGUUUGUGUUGAGAAUAACUUACAUGAUCAAGUCGCUCAAUAUGAGGAGCUCUUACUUCGAUUGAUCGAAAACAAAUCCUCAAGAUCACCAACCAGCUCGGAAUUGGCUUUCUCUAUUCAAUUUCUUGGAAACGUUGGUGAGUCUCGUCCGUUGGAAAAAGUAAACAUCACCCACCUUUUACAACUAGUUGAUGAGACUAAGCUGAAUCACGAAGAUGCGGUGAAGAAAACCGCGGCAACAGCAAUUGGUCGUUUAGUCAAAUAUUCCGUGAGUGAACAAUUUGAGAAUUUGAUGGAUUAUUAUCAACAACCGUCUUUUGAAAGAUCUAGAAGCUAUUUGGUUCAGUCUUUCAAGGUGUUCUUAAAUGAACUCGAUGAGGCUCACCUUGAUACAUUGUGGAAGCAAGUGUGGCUGGUUCUUAGAACUCUUGAGUUUGACCACUCUCUAUGUGGAGAGUUGAGAAACUCGGGUGAUCUACUCAGUGAAAUAGCCUUGAGGAAAGAGUCUUACAUCAACGAGAUUAUUGCCAAUUCUGAGAAUGAAUUAUCCAAUGUUGAUUCCAGUUCUUCCCUGGUCUCCACCUCAUUGGUAUACACAACAAUCGUUAUCUCAAAAAAGCUUCUCAAUAAACUCCAACCAUCAGAAUCCAAUAGCAUUAUCUUAAAAUCACUCGUGAGUCUUUCCAUAAAAUGGCUAGCCAUUCUUAAUAUUGAUAUCAAACAAUUAAUCAUUGGUAACUUACUCACGGGUUUGCACAGUCAACCAAGUUUAAUCCUUGAAAAUCUCAAAGUCUUGAUUUUACCUAGUGUUUUUGAUCAAUUAAAGGCUAAACCCGAAUUCAAGAAGACUAUUCCUAUGGGUCCUUAUAAAUUUGUUAUUGAUGAAGGAUUGGAAAUACGUAAGUUGUGUUACGAAUUUUUGUACACUUUAAUUUCUUUGGACUCAUCAGAACUAAAGGGAAGCACCAUUGACUUGUACGAGAUCUUAGUUAAUAUUAUCAACCAAGGAUUGGUUGAUGAGCAGAAUGAUAUAAUUGUUUUAGCAUGUUUGAAUCUAAUCAACUUUGUGACAAGUCACGAAUCAUUCUUUAGAAGCCUGAUUUUGCUCAAUGAUGGAGACUUAUCAACCAAGAUAAUCACCAAUGUUCAAGUGCAGCUUAACAAAAAGCUUUCGGCCAAGGCCUCAAGCCAAGAUGUGGAAAGUUAUGAGGAGAAGAUAAAAUCCAUUGUGAAAUUGAGUAAACAGGUUUAUCAAAUUGUCCACUCCUAUGAUGGUUUGCAAGAUCAAAAAAUACCACUUGAGUGGAACGAAUUGAUCAUGGAUAUCAAAGGUAGAUUUCCAACCUUCUAUAAUGCUUUAGACUAG